AUGAGCUCGGGCGGCUCGGCAGUAGGGCGGCUCGGCGGCUCGGCUACUGGGCGGCUGGGUGGCUCGGCUGCAGUGCGGCUCGGCGGCCCUGUGGCUCGACUGUACGGCGGCUCGGCUGCUGGGCGGCUCGGCUGCAGGGCGGCUCGGCUGCUCGGCUGCUGGGCGGCUCGGCGGCUCGGCUGUCCGGCUGCUCGGUUGCCCGGGCGGCUCGGCGGUGCUGCUGCAGGGCGGCGCGGUGGUCGGCUGCUCGGCUGGGUGAGGCGGCUCGGGCAGCUCGGGUGGCGGGCGGCGCUGCAGCAGGGGACGGGGCCGCAGGUUAGGACGGCGGGGCCGGAAGUGAAAGCGGCGGGGCCGCAGGUGAGAGCGGCGGGGCCGCCGGUGAGAGCAGCGGGGCCGCUGGUGAGAGCGGCGGGGCCGCCGGUGAGAGUGGCGGGGCCGCCGGUGAGAGCGGCGGGGCCGCUGGUGAGAGCGGCGGGGCCGCAGGUGAGAGCGGCGGGGCCGCAGGUGAGAUCGGCGGGGCCGCAGGUGAGGGCCGCGGGGCCGCAGUUGAGGGCGGCGGGGCCGCAGGUAAGGGCGGCAGGGCCGCAGUUGAGGGCGGCGGGGCCGCAGGUAAGGGCGGCGGGGCCGCAGGUAAGGGCGACGGACCGCAGGAAGGGCGGCGGGCCGUAG